AUGGUAUCAGAAGAGCCCCUCUCUCACGAGCAACCGAUCCCGAUAUCAACCAUGUCUUCUUCCUCAGAUCAAACUCAAAUUGUCAACCUCAAUACUCAGCCAUUUUCUACUGCUGCUAUCCCUCUUAUUGCCCUAAACAUCACUGCCCAAAUCAAUGAAAAAUUGACUCCCUCUACCUUUCCCCAAUGGCGUGCUCAAUUCAAAGCACUCCUCAUCGGCUACAAUUUACUUGAUUAUGUAAAUGGUGCUGCCGUACGUCCCUCCUCAAAUGGUACAUCCUCUUUCGAUUUACUUAAAAAUCAUUGGGUUUGGCAGGACAAACUCGUUUUAAGUGCCAUCCUAGCCUCCACAUCUCCCACAAUCACUCCCCUCAUAGCCACGACCAAAACCUCUUAUGUCGCCUGGAAAAAACUCUAUAAUCUCUAUGCUAGUCAUUUAAGGACAUGGGCUAUACAAUUGAAUGAGGAGCUUACCUUGAUUCAAAGGGGAAAUCUGUCAAUUCCUGAUUACUUGCAUGCGGUCAAGGCAUUGGCUGAUGAAAUCACCAUUAUUGAUCAUCUGAUUUCGGAUGAUGAUCUAACCUUUUAUGUUUUGAAUGGUUUAGGUCCUGAUUUUAGGGAGAUUGCUGCGCCAAUCCGAGUACGAGAGACCUCACUAGUGUUUGAGGAGGUACACGAUCUAUUGGUAGGCCACGAGUCCUACCUACGACAUUUGGAAGCUGCAACUUAG